GAGCAGCUCUCUGACCUCCGCCGCGGCCCGUGCACCGAUCUCGUGCGCCCUGGACAGGACUAAGGUCGCUGCGGACAGUGCGCGCCGUGGAUGGCUGGGGAAGCGGCAGAGACAGGGACAUGUCAUGGAUGACCGCGGUCUGAACGGACGUUGAUAGUUUUCCGCUGCGUUGGACAAAGGUGGUAGUGCAGUGAAUUAUCGACACUCUGUCUCGGCUGGGUAGCCGAACGGUAUGUAUGCAAGUUCUGCGGUUGAUGACCGUGGCAACGUCAACUUGUCAACAAUGUAUGUCGGUCAAGGCGAGCCCUGAGGCACUGCACAAUAAGAAAAGGUCUAUUGGACAAAGAGCUGAAGGCUCCCACUGCUGUCGACCGGCGUGUGCUCUACGUGUCGGAAAACUGGCCAAUGACAUUACGGACCGGUCAAGUGGCUCUACUACUCACGCUUCUUUAUGAUUGAAUUGACGGUUUAAGUCGUGCUGGCUCCCGCAUGGUUCAUUUCGCCACCGUCACAAAGACAGUGCACUCGUCCGGACAGACGGAAAAUGUCGCCACCUGACCUAAUCGGCACAGCUGGGCGGACUGCCUCAGACUGAGACCGUUGACGACAGGCCGCUGGCCGCCUCGUCUCGGGAGAUCACUGGCUGGCUGGCCGGCCGAUCAGUGAGCUGCCCAGUUGGCGAGGGUCCGGGCCCGGUUGGGGCCUGUUUGGAACGCUCUGUGCCGCCGGUCGGGGCACUCGGGGCCCGCUCGAAGAACCGAACUCAGUGACUGAGCGGACUGCAGUGCUGUGGAGUGUUCACACCGGCGGCUAUUCACCGAUGUGCCGGCGGUAUGCCAGAGUAGCCGCUGACUAUGUGCACCACAAUCUCUACUGUGGGGAGCUCGUUCGACGUGGACCUGCUGCUUCACCUGUGCCACCUCCCGAACAGGGUCAGGUACAGAGAUAAGAUGAUGAGGUCGCUGCCAAAAAUCAACCCGGACGACGGCGGUGCCGGUCAUACUCAGGUGCAGGUCAGCAACUUCGAGCCGAUCCCGCACGAGCACGGCUCCUGCGAGCGGGUCGUCAUUAACGUGAGUGGGCUGAGGUUUGAAACUCAGCUAAGAACGCUCAACCAGUUUCCCGACACACUGCUGGGCGACCCGGCGCGAAGAAUCCGGUACUUUGACCCCCUGAGGAAUGAGUACUUCUUCGAUCGAAAUCGAACCAGUUUCGAUGCCAUCCUCUACUACUACCAGAGCGGGGGCCGGCUCCGCAGGCCUGUCAACGUACCGCUCGACGUGUUCUCAGAGGAAAUCAAGUUCUACGAACUUGGAGAAUAUGCCAUCAAUAAGUUCAGGGAGGACGAGGGUUUCAUCAAGGAGGAGGAGCGGCCGCUACCCAACAACAAGUACCAGCGCAAGCUGUGGCUGCUGUUCGAGUACCCGGAGAGCUCACAGAACGCGCGGGUGGUGGCCAUCAUCUCUGUGACGGUCAUCCUCCUCUCCAUCGUCAUCUUCUGCUUGGAGACGCUUCCCGAAUUCAAGCACUACAAGGUGUACAGCGCGCCGAACAGUACCAUCGUCGAGGAGGACGAGGUGCCGGCUGUCACCGACCCAUUCUUCCUUAUAGAAACCAUCUGUAUCAUAUGGUUCUCAUUUGAACUGCUCGUGCGUUUCGCCGCCUGUCCGAACAAGGUCAGCUUCUGCCGUGACGUGAUGAACAUCAUUGACGUGGUGGCAAUCAUUCCUUACUUUCUGACGCUGGCCACGGUGGUGGCAGAGGACGAGAGCGUGGUGCCCACGCCAAAGCCGACAGUGGCCGGCGCAGAGACGGGAUCGAACCAGGCCAUGUCACUGGCUAUCCUCCGAGUGAUACGGCUUGUGCGAGUGUUCCGAAUAUUCAAGCUAUCGCGGCAUUCGAAGGGCCUGCAAAUCCUAGGAAGAACAUUAAAGGCCUCCAUGAGAGAGCUCGGGUUGCUCAUUUUCUUCCUGUUUAUAGGUGUGGUUCUGUUCUCAAGCGCUGUAUACUUCGCCGAGGCCGGCUCGGAAAAUUCUUUGUUCAAGUCUAUCCCGGACGCGUUUUGGUGGGCUGUGGUGACAAUGACCACCGUCGGAUACGGCGACAUGGUACCGGUCGGCGUCUGGGGGAAGAUUGUCGGCUCACUGUGCGCCAUUGCCGGCGUGCUGACCAUUGCGCUGCCCGUGCCGGUCAUUGUGUCAAACUUCAAUUACUUCUACCACCGCGAGACGGACCAGGAGGAGAUGCAGUCGUGCAACUUCAACCACGUCACCAGCUGUCCAUACCUGCCCGGCACUGUCGGCCAGCAGGUGAAGAAGGACUCGCUAUCCGACUCAUCGUCGGAGAUUGACCUGGAGGAGGGUCUGCUGGGUCACGAGGCCAGCACCAAACUCAACUGCGCGCCGCGGCACAACAACAACGUCAACGCCGUUAGCAUCGAGACGGACGUCUGACGAACGGCGUCUGCCACAGAGAUGCACGUCUGACGGCCGAAUGUCGUCUCUGUUCCACCGGCCGGGACAGAACCAAGUGCCAAGCUUCCUGUUCAGCUCAACGGUCGCGCCGGGCGCCGCGCUGGCCGCGCGCCGCACCCCGGCGCUGUUCUAGGCGCCGCCCCCUUCCGCCCUUGUGAUAUGUGUGUGUCCGGCGGGGCUGGCGGCGGCGCGCCGGGCGCGUUUCGGUUGUGCCUUGCUGGCGCCCUCAGUUGGCCGGCCGCCGGCACGCCGCCCCUCGCCGUUGUGUUGUGUCGCCGAGAGUCGCGGCGGCGACACGUCGCCGAUUGUGUGCCAUCUGAGAGUCCAUUUCAGUUCACUAGUUGACGCCUUGUAAUCACCCUGCAGCCACGGCGCUUCGGAAGUUAGCACCUCUUGAUCUCUUAAAUUCUUCUUGCGUAGCCGGCAAUUUCAACAAUAGUCUAUCAUCCGACACGUCUUUUUAUAUUGAAUUUAUUAUAUCGAUGUACAUAGUGUUGUACAUAGACAACAUCUACAGUUAUUUACAAAGCCGUUGUUAACGUGGUGCAUGUCUCCACAUUGUUGACAUUUACCUCUCAGUCUAUCAUCUUCCUCUCUAUCUCUCUCUUCUCUACUCUGUCGCGCGCGUGGCGGCGGCGCCGCGCCGCCGGUCGGGUCAGGUCAGGUAGUGUUGGGUGGGCCGCGCGCGCGGCUGCGCACCGCGCCAGUGACCUCAGAAGGGCGCGCCGAGCGCUCAGUUUCGUGUCGGGAGCGGCACCCGACAGCGGCCGAGGAGUGCAAUACAUGACUCAUUAAUAGGGCUCCCCGUCCGCGAUGGUGUCCCAUAAUCAAACGGUGUCCAGCCCGUCUCGCUGAUAAUGUAUGCCAGUUGUUACAUAAUUCUCCCGUGUCUUCUUGGUCGGCGGUGCUCGGCAGGGGUUCGGACGCUCAUUUGUGCGCUCUUUCUCUCCAUUGUUUUCCGUACAUUGGCGGUUGCCAGCGCUCUGAUCUGUCCACUAUAGCCGGACCGGCCGCCCUCCCUGCCCCUUCCAGGUCUCAUGACACCAUCGCUCACCUAUCACACAUGUUCCCUGCUCAUUGCUCAAAGCACGUUAUCCCAUCUCCAGCAGCCUCCCAUCGAUACACGGUCACCAGUCACCUCUCUUCAUCCACCGGUCGCAAAUUAUGCGACACGCUGUGACCGGCUGCGUGCCGGUAGCUAUGCCAAACUCAGCAGACAGACCAAACCAAAGGCCGCCGUGACUAUUGCAUGGUGUGACAAAUAGACCAACAGACCAAACCAAAGGCUGAAGUCUUAUUUUUCAAUAAAAACAAAUGCAGGUGAACACUGGUGGCUUCCCAGCGAGUGAUGACACCAUAACGAGCGAUGUCCCGUCGACCGUCACCCAUUGUUACAACAGUCAGCCAAAGUCGCCCCUCGCAUUCCAGGUACUGAUCCAAACACAUCAGAAGCAUCGCGCCCAUCUUUUCCCGUUGUAGGCCAGAAAGCCCGAGGGAAGGUAGCGCGCCAAAUCCUGCGCCCAUAUAUCUUCAUCAAGUUUGAGUCGGCGGCUAUCCUUGGUACGUGGAGACAAAACUGGAUCAACCGGCCGGCUGUGAAAAUCAGCGCCUCAAUUGCUGCUCUCAAACGGCAAGGCUGUGACUGGACGACACUGAAGACUUGAACCAAAUGGUAACUAAAACCAAACGUUAACCGAAACCAUCCAGCACUGAGUCCCUGGUAACCGAAACCCACACGCUGUGAUAACCCGACCUCGCCCACAGCUCCGACCGGCCCUCCGAGCGAAAUACGCCAUUCCUAUGCAAAGGACGCCGGCCGACGGUCGGGCUGGCCUGUAAUUAUACCUUCUGCCCGGGCAGCGCGGCUCGCCUCCAUAGCACCGGAGGCUUCAGUGGCCACUCAGCUCCAAUCCCCAUCCCUAGCACUGGCCGGAGGGUAGCCCCAGCGACGGCCAUCCGUGGGCGGGCUCAGAGCGCCGGCAGCCGCCCCCUCUCUCCCUGGCUCAGAGCCGACCAGACGCUCUCUAUCUCUCUCUAUCUCAUUCGAACCCCGAGCCGCAGUCAUACCCAACGUGUGCUUUUUCAUUGUCAAUAAAGUUAUUUAUAUCAGU